AUGUAUAAAGUAUGUUGGAACACUGUGUGCUUUGGUUCUAAUAUCCUCGUGGGUUUGGAUUGGGCUAUAAAAGAUGGUGUUGAUAUUCUUUCACUCUCUAUCGAUGGUGGGUCUUAUCCGUAUUUUCGAGAUCCCAUCACAUUUGGAGCCUUUACGACAAUUGGAAAGGGUUUUUUUGUUUCUUGUGCAGCCGAGAACGAAGGGCCCGACUUUAGACCGAGUUCACUUGCUCAUGUUACACUCGGGAACAAAACCGGUUCACUGAUGUGUCUCUAUAUAAUGGACAAGGAAUGGGGAAUAAACUGCGGUGGGGUGCAAAGUAGGGAUUUGAUCAAGAAGUAUUUGAGGUCAGAUCGUAAUCUGACGGCUCUACUAACUUUUGGUGGGACCGUGUUAAAUGUGUGGCCUUCACCCAUGGUCGCAGGGUUUAGUUCAAGAGCGCCUAACACGGUGACCCCAUAUAUCUUGAAGCCGGAUGUGAUUGGGCCUGGGGUUAAUAUCUUGGCUACAUGGUCUGAGGCUGUUGGGCCCACUGGAUUCAACAUCAAAUCAAGUACUAUUUCUUCUCUUACAUCAAUGUCUUGCCCACAUAUAAGUGGAUUGGUAGCACUGUUAAAAGCAACUCAUCCACAAUGGAGUCCAAGCACAAUCAAAUCCUCCCUAAUGACUACUGCCUACACUCAAGACAACACCAAAUCCCCUCUCCAAGAUGUCGCAAGAGGAGCACUUUCCAACCCAUGGGCUCAUGGGGCCGGUCAUGUAGAUUCACAUGAAGCCCUCUCUCCAAGCCUUAUAUAUGAUAUCUCAACUGAGGAUUACAUCCCCUUCUUGUGCUCCUUGGACUACACCGUCAAUCAAGUCCAAACCAUUGUCAAACGCUCCAAUGUUAUGUGCUCAAGAAAAUUUCCCAACCCUAGUGAACUCAAUUACCCAUCAUUCUCCGUCUUUUUUGAAAACAAUGGGGUUGUUCGAUACACCCGAGUGUUGAUGAAUGUCGAUGCUGCUUGGUCUGUCUAUCACGUGGCUGUUAAUGUGCCACCAUCGGUGGCUGUGAUAGUAGAGUCUCCAAUGCUUUUUUUUGGAAAAGUAAGGGACAAACAGAAUUACACUGUUACGUUUGUGGUAGAGGGAGCAAGAGAUGCAUCCAAGUCCGAAUUUGGGUCAAUUGUUUGGAGCGACAGUCAACACCAAGUUAAGAGCCCAGUUGCUUCUCAAUGGACAGUUGUCAAAUCAAACUUAGAGCCUAUGACGUUUUGGGGUUUGUUUUUCCUUCUCCUUUAGGUUCCACUAAAGUCAUUGGGUUUGUUGAUCUAUUCUAGGUGUGUCCGUGGCCAUGGUAA